CUUCUUUUGUGGCAACAAAGUGAAGGACAAGUCGGAAAUCCAAUGGAAUUAUUAACCUUCAGGUAAACCCACCCCUUAUAUUGUACCUGGCCAAUCACCGCCGAGUGUACAACAAAAAGGCGGGACUAAGCGAACAACAAGGUAGCUUACGUUUGUAUAUAUCCCUGACGUCGGCAACUCGGAAAAUAGUCGGCUAAGCAUAGCGUGAAAUGGUCGAGACACGGUCGAAAUCGAGUGCCAAGUAGUAAAACCGCUAAUAUUCUCAACAAAGAUUUUCGUACAGGUCUAGAUACCAUCUACAUACGUACCUUAAACUGUUAAAAGUAAGGUUUCUCCAAGUUUUCGUGGAUUCAUGGAGGAGAAGAAGGAAGACGGUGACUCGGAGAUCCAGGAACACGGACCCGAACACUGGUUCUCAAAAUGGGAGCGGCAGUGUUUGGCCGAGGCGGAGCAGAGGGAGCCGAGCGAGGAGGAGGCCGACAACGACCAGGAUAAACUGUGGCAUCUUUUUCAGAACUCUGCCACCGCCGUGGCACAGUUAUACAAAGACCGAGUAUGUCAUCAACAGGGCUUGUCACUCUGGGUGCCAUUUCAGAACGCAGCUACAGCAGUCACCAACCUGUACAAAGAGAGUGUUGAGGCCCAUCAGCGAAGCUUCGACAGGGGCAUCCAGAUAGGACACCAGCGACGUAAUAAGGACAUGUUGGCGUGGGUAAAAAAGCGACGGAGAACCAUCCGCCGGGAGGAUCUUAUCAGCUUUCUGUGUGGCAAAGCACCCCCACAUAGGAGUAGCAGGGCCACCACGAGGUUGGCCAUGGUGGCCCCCAGCCGGGCCAACUCGCCGGCUGAGACCGGCUCGUCCGUAGAAGCCGACCUCCAGCCGUUCAGGGAGGCCAUCGCAUUGCAUGGUCUAAGCGGCGCCAUGGCGAGCAUCAGCGUGCGCUCGGGACCCCCGGGGUCUCCCACGCACGUGAGCGGCAGCAGCGGUAACGGAGGCGUCGCCGGCGGAGGGGCUUCUUCGGGUUCGGGGGCGCUGUGUCGCGGCAGACGCAACGGCCUCCUGGACGUGGACCUGAACACUUUCAUCUCCGAGGAGAUGGCGCUCCACCUGGACUCGUCCGGCUCGGCCUCGGCGGGGGGAGGGGGCGCGGCCCGUAAACGAAACUCCACCCAGUGCGCUGACGUCAUCACGGACUCGCCCACUCACAAGCGCAACAGGAUGAUUUGAACUUCCCUGCGGACGUAAAGAUGGCCGUCUGCGGCGGAGCUUUUCGUCUCCCUUCCUCUCGUCAAAUCGGAGCGCGUGUACCCGCUCCGCAGGUCCGGGGGGCCGGAUCCAGGCAGUUAUCCCGUGGGUGAAGAUGCACUGUGCUGAAGCCACUUGAUUCUUGACACAUUUGUGCCCUUACCCCCACCCCCACCCGCCACCUUAAUAAGGAAGUGAGGUGUCACCGAAGACGUCAAGUGCUUCUUUCUGUUACUCUCUGCGCACUUGAUGUCCAGCCCAGCCCUUCAAAUGCUUCAACCACUUUUUUCUUUUUACCACCAGUGUUAAGUAAGCAUUUUUGUUUUCACUGUCAACAACAGUGAUAGCCAAAUCUUCAGUUUCACUCAUUCUGACGCCUUUUUUUCUUUGUUGAGGAUAAUUGAGAGGAUUUUUGAGACGCAUUCUCCCCCCCGCAGCUGCUCUUUUAUGUGGUUGUGUGACUUUUCUGAUGAGUUGCAAUAAGGCUUUUUGCACUUAAGAUUUCAUGCAAAACAAAAUCGGCUCUUCCAUUGCGUCGCAGGUGUAGCCUCUCAGUUUGAACGCGUGGACGCCGGUAACGCACGAGCUCCUGCUUCCGGUCCUCAGUUAAUUUACAUUGGUGCUGUAAGAAUAAAAGGAGUUUUGAGUCGGAGUUUCUCAUCUGACUCGCCAUCCCAUUAUUUGCUCUUACACAAGCUAUAUUAUUUCAUUUCAUUAACACGCAAGACGAUGACAUUCAGAAAUUGACGUCAAACACGGCUCACUUAUUUGUGAUUUAUUCCUUUUGUUAUUAAUACUUUCUAAAGUGACUCGUUCUGGAAAUGAAACCCCUUAGUGAAGCAUUUAUUUCAGGCUGUGCUUUGUUGGAGGCAUUUACACUUGAAGUGAGCCACUGUGACGUCAGCGGUGCUCUCAUCUUGACGACAUGGAACAUGGCGACUUGUAUGAAGCGUGUCAAUUUUGUUCAAACGUUGUUUUACUUUGGCACUAAUAUUCUUGCAUGACUGCUGGCUUGUCCUAUAAUGAACGUUUCGCACAGGCGGUUCCUUCAUAUUUCUGUUGCAAAACCACUGAAUAGUGGGAUUUCAUUUGACUACAGAGGCUCUAACCAUUAUAAAGGGUGACAAAGUAAUCAUUGCUGAGGACUGCUUUUAUUGUUCAUUUUGGAAUACAAUUUCAGUUAAUUUAUCACAGGGUUUCAAUCUCAUGGCUGAGGAACCAUAAAGUCAGUCCUCGGAUGGCUUUUCUAUACUUUGAGCAUUUGUUGGUCAUUUACAGCAGUUCCUCUGAGGUGUAAUUUGUUUUAAAAUUGCAUGGUGGGCCAGAUCCAAUGCUCUGGAAGGCCUUAGGUAGCAUCCUCACUUCCCUCCCUGAAUGUGACACUCUGUUGCAAGGAGGAUUUGAUGGUAGUCUGCUUCUAUUGUUUCAAAUCCUGCAUUUUGAACGAUUUGCUUCGCUUUCUUUUUCCACACGCUUAAUCUGCCCUGUGUUUUUAACACUCACUCGCAGCACUUUUGACUGAAAGGUGGUCGUUGCACCUCAAAUAGGGAAGUGUGAUGUACGUGGUGACAAAAUCUGCAACCGAAAACAUACAUUUGGAUUUUAAUCCCAAUUUCUUUUUGGGUCACUUUCUACACAGGCAGACUCGAGCCACAUGUGUUUGAAGCCAACACUAUUAUCAGCUCUUUCUUCAUACAUAAUUGUCAAAAAAGGUAACUAAUGGCUAAUCUAUAUACUUAACAUUUAAUUGUUGGUAUGAUAUAUGUGGUUCACAUUGUAAAAAUGAAAUAAAACCAUUGAGUUGCAAAUUGGCUCGUUAUUGAAGCAGUGAAGAAUUUGGAUUGUGAAUUUACACGUUUGCAGUUGAAGCGACCUAAAUGUGUAUGGGGCGCCGUUUGUAAAGCAG